GCCGGCUAUCUGCACCCAGUGAGUGUUGCACAAACAGGGCUCCUCCCCUCCGUACCCUCCCCCGCUCGUAUUCCCGGGUCCGCCUGAGGAAUGUAAACUAUUCAACAUGGAGACAGCAGUCAAUAAGCUGGAGGCUCUGUUUCAAAAAGCUGAGUCUGACUUGGAUUACAUUGAACAAAAACUGGAGUUUGAAAUACGGAAGAGCCUCCCAGAGGAAUCGUCCCAGGAUAACCCUACUGUAUUGCUGGAGCAGUUGGCCAGUGUGAAGUCACGCUUUAAGGGUCUGUCUUCCCAGCUCGACAAGAUUGCUGCAGACCAGCAAAAGUCAGUGGAAAGCAUUCAGGCAACAAUUGCAAACACGUUGAAAAUGGUGCAGCAUUUACAACAGCAAACAGAUUUUCAGGUACCCCCUUUUUCAGAUGAAGAACUUCGUGCUCUUCAACAGUUUGAGACACUAGCAUCAAAAGGCAUGAACCUGAAAUGAACAGACUUUCAAAGCCUCACGAAAUGGAAAUGAGAUUUUCAUACAACACAACAGUGUAAAGUUGAAUUGCUGUCAACACAGGCUUGAUGACUCCCAAACUGUGUCAGAAAUAAACAAUGAUAGUGAUAUUCGUGAAAGAUCACCCACCUAUUUAUUUAAGAGCGAAGGAAACCCACUCUUGCAAAACUGGUUGUUGUUGUGCUGAAGUGUAAAUAACAUGUUAUAUAAGGUUUUCUGUAAACUACAGUUCCAAUUUAUUUUGUACAGCUUACAUUAUAAUACAUUGCUGCAGGUUCAGCUUGUUGAUUUUCUAUCCCUCCAACGUUACUCUCCUAACCAAUAUUUAGGUCAGGCAUGAAGAGACACAACUCCAACCAACCCAAUGUGAUAAUCGGAUGGAAGAGUAACACUGCAGGGAUAUUUUAGAGGGACUCUGUCAUCAGUAUCUCCCACACUAACCUGUUUGUACAGGCUUGUGCGGGUCACCCUGAUGAAGAUGGAGUUCACCUUUCUUUGCUCCAUUGGUCCACAAUGCCUGUCUUUUGGUAUAUGCUAAUAAGCCAGUUUAGUGGGGGUGGGGCGGGAACGCCCACAUGCACCUACCCGACUCAUUAGCAUAUACCGGAAAACAGGCAUCACUGAGCAAAGAAAUGUAAGGACCAUCUUUCUCAGUAUCACCCACCAUACUUUGCCAACAGGUUAGUGUGGGUGAUACUAAUGACAGAUUCCCUUUUUAAGGGUCUAGUCACACAUACAGUAUUCUGUGCAGAUUUGAUGCGCAGGAUUGAAGCUGUGUUCAGUCAUUCAGUUUACAUUGAAAUCUAUAGCCGAAAAUCCUGUGCAUCCAAUCUGUGCAGAAUACUGUACGUGUGAAUAGACCCUAAAAGAACAGGAAUCCUAUAUCAUUCACUUUAGUUCUAAAUUCCACAACACAAGCCUGUUGUGAUAUGGAUAUUACAAUGACUUCUUUUACCUAUGCUCAUAUAACUUAUACAUAUAACAUGUAAUUUAAAAAUGUAUAUAUUUUAAUAUUACAGACUAAACUAUAAUAUGGAAGUAGAAAUUGUGCAUAUGUCAUGUUUGUAUUGCUACUGGUAUGUUUUUUUCUUGUUUAUUUCUUACAUAUUAUAAAUUUAUUUUUAUUUUUAUAAUAAUUUUUUUUUUUUGCAUGCUCACAUUCCAGAGUGUUUUAAUUCCUUGUACUAUAGAUUGUUUCUAUAGCUCAUCAUUAGAGAUGAGCGAACUUACAGUAAAUUCGAU